AUGUUUCCAUCGGCCACCUUUGCCCCUACUCCGGGUGUUGAAGGAUCUCCACCGUUCGUGCGAAAGUUUCGUCCAGAUAUUGAUCUCCACCUGAACGUUAGUCCCGAACCGAUGUCCGAUGGGUACGAGGGUUAUGCUGACCUGUCUUCACAGUCGUCCACAUCCGCUACAACGCUUCCAAGACGUGCCGCAUCACCUUCCCCGUCCGUUUGUGCUCUCGGAUUCCUACCGAUUGAUUCCGUAUCGAAGGGUUACGCAGCGGAAGAGGUGUGUCUUAAGGCGGCUCAUUCCACAAUCGGUGCAUCCUCGGUGGGUUCUCGAACGACCAUGAUAAGGAAGUCAUCUUCUACUGGGCUUCUAACGACAAACGAAUCAGCUACGGCAAUGAAAUGCUCCAACUGGAUCCGAUCAAUCCGGCUGGCUAGUGAUGUACGAAGUUUCAAUGCCCUGUUGGAGCUGACAUCGACACAGCUGCUUCGUGUAAGGCUAACGGGCGAUGUGAAUAAUGGUGAGGAGCUGAAGCUGUGGUUCUCGGAGGAUGUUAUAGCGCACAUGCAGAUACCUUUCCUUACGCCUAUUAACAUUCAGCGACAAAAUUGCUACGUUUGCCACCUGUGUCAGAAAUCCUACGAGUAUCCCAAUCCACUUAAAAUCCACCUAGCGACCAGCUGUAACCGUGAACCCAUCUCGAUCCUCUGGCACCGCUUACAUCAAGCUCUUGCCACGCGUUACGGAGGUCCAUUUAAUCCGCUGUACGAGUUUCAACCGUGGCGUAACUCCGCCUUCCGUCCCGUACUGAAUGCACACGUCGUAAAGAUGGAUCACAUUUCACCACCAGCAUCACACCGGCGUAUUCAUCAUCCUCCUCCAGUAGAACCGGUGGCAGCGGACGAACCAACCGGUGCGCAUCUCGUCACCGCUGCCCAUCUCGAAACGAUCGUCAGCAACAUGGGCUCCUCGAAGCAGGGUCAUGUGUGUAUUUACUGUGGGAAGCUGUAUUCGCGCAAGUACGGACUAAAGAUACACAUCCGGACGCAUACCGGAUUCAAACCGCUCAAGUGCCAAUACUGUCUGCGACCGUUCGGUGAUCCAAGCAAUCUGAACAAGCACAUCCGGCUCCAUCGCCAGCAUGAUGGCUCGCUGUACGAGUGUAAUCUGUGUGGGAAGAAGCUGGCCCGGCGGAGGGAUUUACAGCGGCAUCUACAGGCGAGACACAAUAGCACGCAGAUAAUCGAUCAGUCCACCACAUCGGAAGACGACGAUGAUGAUGAUGAUGCUGAGGAUACGGUACAACGCAGAAGUACGAGCAGUAGUGGACGUCGAGAAGCGGACAGUUGA